AUGAAGGAGACAGAGCCGCACUUCACAUUUCCUAAACCGAUACAUGACCCCCAAUUUGAUUACGUGUAUGAAGAGGAAGUUACCCCGGAAGAACGCCCGUCGCGUGAUGCCUAUGCCGGAGACACCGAAGCAGGAGAAUUAGGUAUAGGAAACCAGCAACUGGUGGCACCCCCUGAAAGUUUACCACUGGACAAUGAUGACCAGGAGCCGUGUUCAAACGUCAUGGAUAAAUGGGAAAUUCCUCGUAUUACUGUGCAUCGUGAUAGCACAGGUGAUCAUACGCUGCCGGCUUCAGCAGACAACGCACCAAAACAAGAAGCAGAACCGCCAGCAGGGAAGAAAGGAACAUUACACGCCUUGAGAAAAUAUUCUCGAAGUUUAAGGCCUCGUUUGAGCAGGGACUCUGCGGCUAAACUAACCUUGUAUGGUGAAGAUCCCGUGAAGGGUGUUGUUGGACCGGGCCAAUUGAGAAGGGGAAGUUAUCAAGGCCACGAACUGGGUUACCUUCGGAUUGGAUUGUUCUCAUCUCGAGGAUCUCUUGAAGUGGAAAUAAUACGAGGAGUUAGCCUGUUAGUCCUUGGCGACCACCCACCAGAUACGUAUGUGAAGACAUAUUUAAUCAAGGAUCAAGUCCGACUUCUUAAGAGAAAAACUUCCAUCACUCGCCAAUCCGUUAAUCCAGUGUACAACUGCAAAAUCAAAUACUCUGGGUGCGAAGUCCAUAACAGCGAAUUAUUGGUAAGCUCUAAUGUAAACACCUAUACGUAUAUUAGACAAUUUCUAAGCUUAACGGCUAUUCUUAUCCAUGCACCUGUUCCUGCUUUCUUUCGUUUGUAUAUAUGUCCUUCAAUCGAUUCAUUCAUCGCCUCUUUUAUCCAUUCGUUGAUUGGCUCUUCCAUUUAG